AUGACCAUCGCAGCAGUUCCAACCGGCGAGCAAGAGCUCACCAAGCCGAUGCACGGUAGAUCUGCGACUGAACGCAAUGCUUUUCUUUCAAUGCUACGCAAAGAUGGACAGGCCCACCGUCUUGUUACAGACGAAUACAUCAAACGCUGGACCGAGGACAGCGACGAAGCACGAAAGUCCAGACAAGAAUCUUACAUGUCCUUGGUGAACAACUACUACGACUUGGCGACUGAUCUGUAUUGCGAAGGCUGGGGAGAGUCAUUCCAUCUCUGUCGUUUUGCUCCCAAGGAAUCCUUGGUGCAGGCACUAGCUCGCCAUGAGCAUUACCUGGCCCACAUGAUUGGCAUCAAAGACAAUCAUACCGUACUCGACGUGGGUUGUGGUAUCGGUGGGCCAGCAAGAGAAAUUUCCACAUUCACCGGCUGCAAAGUCGUUGGAGUGAACAACAAUGGCUAUCAAAUCCAGAGAGCCACUGCACUUACAGCCAAGCGUGGUCUUUCCGAGAAGGUUUCUUUCGUCCAGAACAACUUCAUGGUAAGUUUAGCUGCUAUCAGGCUCGGAGCAGCGCAUACUCACGUCAGUACUGUANNGCAUUUGAGCUUCCCAGACAGCACUUUCGACGCCAUCUAUGCCAUCGAAGCUACUUGUCAUGCUCCAGACCUCGAAGGCGUUUACUCGCAAAUGUACCGUGUCGCCAAACCAGGAGCAGUAGUCGGCAUCUACGAGUGGGUAAUGACAGACCGCUACAACGAGAGCGACCCAGCUCACCGUGCAAUUCGUCAUGGUAUCGAGCGCGGAAAUGGUAUCUCCAACAUGGUGACCAGGAAGGAGGCACAGCAAGCCUUUUUGAAGGCAGGCUUUACCCUGUUACAUGACGAGGACUUGGCGGGGCGCAGGGAUGCAAGACCUUGGUAUGCUCCGCUGAGUGGCGACAUCAACUAUGCUACCGGGGUUUUGGACGUGAUCAGUGCAUUGCGUAUGACCAAGGCUGGUCGAUUUGCGAUGGAGACGCUGCUCUCAACACUCGAACGAGUCAGGAUGGCACCUCCCGGUACAGUGGAGACUGCCAGAGAGCUGUCGGCUGGUGCUGAUGCUCUGGUUGCUGGUGGAAAGGAACGUCUCUUCACUCCAAUGUACCUCAUGACUGGAAGAAAGCCAAUGUAA